AACUGUUUAUCAGGUAUCAAAUCACCCUUACGUGAUGGAAAAUGAGGGGUGCAGACCAUUGAUCUCGGAGACGCUCGCGUUUCUUCACGACUCAGAAAUGAUGACAAAGAAAAAAGACAAGGAAUUCGUGACACCAAGAUUUGCCUACCCACGAAUCCCACAGGACAUUCUUUUUGCUAUUGGUGGGUUUCACAACGGAAUCCCGUCAGAUGUGAUCGAAGCGUACGACGUACGAGCAAACCGGUGGAGUGUGGUGGAGGGGUUCGACUCGAUCGGUCGGCGAGCCCACCAUGGCACGGCUGUAGUCGGUUUCGAUAUUUACGUCAUCGGUGGUGAAGAAGGCUCUAAAGAUUUAAGAUCAUGUCUCUGCUUCAACGCUGUUAAGAAGACAUGCCGCGAGGUGGCGCCUAUGCAUGAAUGCAGAUCGAAGUUAAUGGUGGCAGUUCUGCGAGGUGCAGUGUACGCGAUGGGCGCUGAAGCUGAAGGUAAGAAUCAGAGAUCGGCUGAAAGAUAUGACCCCAAGGCGAACCAGUGGUCUUGGAUCGCUCCCAUGAACAAAGGGCGACGCGGUGCAAGUGCGGCUGUGCUGAAUGGUACGUAAAUCCUAUGAAACAGAAAUGUGUGAAUUAGUGCAGAAGGCAAGGCGUCUGUCUGUCUGUCCGCGUGUAACAACGUAAGAACUGUUGAAGUAAUUGCAGGAUUUGAGGUUCUCAUGGUGGCAUGUACGAAGAUGGCUGUCGUUUGGCUUCUGCCGACUUUUCAGACGAACUUUUUUCCUUCGUCAUCAAGUCAUUCCUCUUCGCUCUUGAACUUAGUUUCCCUCACUCCAUUGUCCCAUAUUGUUUUAUUAUCACUUACUUUUAUCCGUGCUACGUACUACGUUAUUUCACAGACUGCAACGGCUAUCAA